UAAAGCCACUUCUUUCCCAGGACACAUUAGAGAUGGUGGAGAAGCGGAGGCCGGAAAAAUGUACUAAAACCCAAUACAGCGUUAAUAUUUUUCAACCCUUUUGACAUCCACUCUGGUUUUGUUUUGAGGGAUUUUAGAGAUUAGAGGGUUUUUGUUUUGAUUUAGUUUAGAUUUUUAUUUUUGUGGUGUGUAUGUUGCUCUUGUUUAGAUUUCACAACUUAGCGGCGGCAGCUUCAGAGUCCCAGACUUUGCUUUUCUUUUUGUGAUCUACUUGCCUGAUGAAGAUGUGGUCUAUGAAGGUCAUCAUUCUCCUCCUGUUCUGCUAUGCUUCUCUUUCGACUGGCAACCAAACAGCGUAUUUUGUCUCAAGGAACUUUUACAACGUACUCCACUGGGACCUCAUGAAGCCGGCCUUCCCUGGGGAAAAGGUCCUCUAUAGCGUACAGUACUGGAGUGAUGCCACGGAGCAAUUCCGGAUAAAAGAGGAGUGUCAGAACAUUACCGCUCUGUCCUGUGACCUGACUGCAGAAACCCCAUCAGUUCAUGAUGUUCAGUACUGGGCUAAAGUGUACUGUAACGGUCGCUCAUGUGGCAGCACCCUCAGGUUAAAGCCCAUUGCACAAACUGUUUUUGGUCCGCCCACCUUGUCUACGUACCCAAGGGUGUCGUCCUUGUAUGUCAAUGUGACCCUGCCCUUGGGCCCAAACGGAGUCUCCAUUGCUGACAUCAUCACCAGCAGCAAAAAAGGGCCUUCCAAAACUGUAAUCAAUUAUAUCUUAAAAAUCACCCACCCAACGUGGGCUGCACAGGUUCAUGAAUCCACAACCGGACAGUUCGUCAUCAGCUUGAAGAACAACCAAACCGAGUACUGCGGCCACGUGGCGUACAGUCCUUCCACUGAGUGGGGUCGCCCAAAGGGUGAGCAGGCCUCCUUCUGUGUCACACUGCCAGGUGAUCCUCUGACGCUUUUGCCAUGGCUUCUUGUUAGCGCUGCUCUUCUGACGGCCGUAAUCACAACUUCAGUUGUGUGCAUGUGCAAAUACACGAGGGGUGGAAAGGAAAAGAGCAUUCCACAGCUAUUGGUAACCCCCUUCAGCACUCCAACCAGAGUACUGCAGUCUCCAGACAGGAAUGUCAUCAUUUCCAAAGCGGAGGUCUGCAUUAAAAGUGACCAAACAGUUUACGCAACGAUCAGGAUGAAGCCUAAUUUGCCCUCAGUUGUGUCUGGAGGUUAUUCCCCCCAGGACAUCCUCUGCCAAGCCUGGCAAGAUGGCACUGGCUCCUCUUUUGGCACAGGGGAACACAGCCUGACCCCGAAUCCAGAGGACACAAGUGCCCAGUCCUCCGAAAUCUACAGUGUUGUAGCUGUCCAUGAACCUAAUGAAGACAUUCAGCAGGCUACCAAUGACAACAGAGGAACCAGUAACCUACCAAUGUCCUCCAGUAGAGAAAGCUUGGAUAAAGCUGGAGCGCGUCCAAAGCUGAGCUCACAUGGAGUACAACCGCUACCUCAUCCGGACCCUUGUGAGAGCAAUCCAGCCAAGCCACUGCUUUUGCAAACCGUGCGGGAUACCAAUGGACAACUUGUGUUGCCUUCACUCAUUUUUCAGUUACAGAGCAGCACAGAUGACACAGUGCCGCCCCUUAACCCAGAGAGGAAACCCCUUUUAUCUGACCUUAUGGACUCCAAGACGGAGCGGCCAUCAUUGGCAUCCUUGAAGAGCCACGACGGAUCAGAGUUGUCAGACUCAGGGUGUGAUGACAGCACUGUCACCACACCAACCCAGACCUACUGCAACACCCAUUAUUCCCCAUCGCAACCAGUUGCUCCUUAUUUCCACCAGGGAUGGAAGAACCCACCAUCUAGUGAUGCCUUGCUUGAAUCAGGUUACAAACAAAACGGGUUGCCUGAGAUCCUUUUUGAAACUGCAUCCGAAGACAGUUGUGAAUACAGAAAGACAGAUUAUCCGCGGACAUGGACGGGUCACAAAAAGGAGGAGCAAGGUGAGGAAGAUGAAGACAGAGGAGAAGAGGAGACAAGGCAAAUUCUUCUCGGAGGUUGGGUGGUACAAAUUCAAGAAUAAUUUGCAAUGCAGGAAGUUAAUGUAGUGCAGAAAGCACUGAUGGGUGCUUUAGUAACAAUACUGAACUGAAUGUUUCUGUCUGCCUGCUGUAUGAUGCAGAGACAGAUGUUUUAACUCUCCUUAAACAUACUUUUAUUCCGAACUAAGACAACCACAUCUGGAACUUUACAUACAAAUCAAAUCGAAGUAAUACAUUAUGCUUUGUUAUUUCUGUUUAUUGUAUUUAUUUAUUAAUUCACAUUUGUAAAAUAUUAAUAAUAUAAUCCGUUUUGAUAGUCAUCAAUUGUGUUGGCCACAUUGGAAGGCGUCUUUUUUUUAGGACUGCAACCAACAAUAUUAUUUUCUUAAUUUAUUGAUUAAUUGGUUGGUUUAUAAAAUGUCUGAAAAUAGUGAAAACUGUAAGGCAAUAUCUUUCAUUGUCUUGUUUUGUCAAUCCAAAUCCCGAAGAGAACCAGUUUGAUACUGUAUGAAACGAAGAAAAGCAGGUAAUGUCUACAUUUGAGAAAAAGCAUGUUCUACUAUAACAAUUAAUCGAUUACCAAAAUAGUUGGCAAGUAUUUUUUUCAUCAACUAAUAGUUGCAGCUCUACUUUGUUAAACAGAAUUUCUAUUUUAAAAGAUGUUAAAUUGUUCCUGCCAUGUGUUUAUUGUGCAUAUGAGAGAGGGAAAUAUAACAACUACAAUGUAAAGUAUAAAGUUACGCUUACUCUUAACAUUUCUAUGUAUAAAGCUGUGUUCAGACAGCUAAUGUCUGUUUUGUUUA